AUGACUAUGAAGCACACUCGUCAGACAAGACGAAUUCAGCUGUAUCCAAUAAAUAUUGUCAAGGAUUCUAUGAAACGAGAACAAACUAUCUUGACUGUCGUGAAUGAAACAACCAGCAAUAGUUACAAAGCUGAUAUUUGGCCAGAAAUUAUGUCGGUUAGUCGCAUACCAGAAUUAGCCGAACAAGUGCUAUUAACCAGUGAGCAUGAACGUUUGCAGUUAGCAACAGAAAAACUACAAAAUAGUGCUGUGGCUAUUGGUUGUCCACGUACACCACUCCGUUCAUCUUCGACUAUAGACAGAAACAAAUGUAAACAUUAUUGUGUAGACCAUUACAAAUAUACUCUGGAAUCGAAUACAUCACAAAAUUUAUCUGUUACACAAGCAGUUGAACUCGAUCGUAUGGCUGAUGAAUUUGAGAAUGUCGAUGCAUGCACUGUUCAUCGUGACGAUGAUGAUAUUGACCACAAACGACGCACCGCUGGAUUUAUGGCUAUCGUUUCCAAUUGUAAUUUUUUUUUUUCAUUGUGUGCGCACGUAUGUACCUGUACUGCUGACCGGUUAAUAACUACUCGAACUGCAUAUUUGUGUGAAUAUUUUUUAAUGGCGACUUGUAAAAAAACUAUGGAACAAUCACCACCAUCGACGAAUCCCACUCUUAAACGGUUAUGUGCUGGUAUUGAUUUAAAACAAGCGUUUGUCCAGACGUUGUUAAAUGAUGAAUCAUUGCAGUCAGCUAUUGCUGAUGUCGUUCAGAAAAACGAUAACUCAAUUACAGUAGCUGCUGAGAAAAUCGUUAAUGUUAUGUUUGACUCCCUCUUAAAACAUUUAUGCGAUCAGAUUGAAUUGUUAGAAAGCCGUACUAUUAAACUCGAACAAAAAACACUUGAUUUGGAGCGGUACAAUCGAUCAUUUAACUUGCGAUUUUAUGGGUUUGAAGAGAGAGGAACAAAUGAUAACACCAAGAAACGUGUGUCCGAAUUUUUAACCAAAAAUCUUGAAACUAAAAUUCAUCAUCCAGUUAUUGAAAAUUGUCAUCGGGUUGGUGUUAAACGUGCUGAUAAACCCCGUCCUAUCAUCGUUGGUUUCCAUUCGCGCCCUUUUCGUCAAUUGAUUUUGACAUCGUUAACUAAAUUGAAAGGACAAAACUUAGGGAUAACCGUGGUUGAAGAUUUAACAAAAUAA